AUGGCACCCCCGAUCAAAAAGAACCCGGAUAUCGAGAUGUCCGACGUAACAGACCAUUCCGACGAUGAACAGCACGAUGUCGAUGCUCCCGCCGCGAAGCGUCGCCGUCUCUCCGUGUCUUCAACCGACUCCUACGUUGCACCUGCACCGCUCCCCACCCUCUCCCGCAUCAAGAAGAAGGGCGAGGUAACAGAGGAGCCCGAAUUCAAGGACGAGGCACCGGUGCUCAUCAGUGAGGCAAUUGAGCUGGGGAAACAGAGUGGACUGUCGACUUUUGCGGGCUUGGGUGUUGCGCCUUGGCUUUGUUCGUCGUUGUCGACUAUGGCAAUCAAAAGACCAACGGCUAUUCAAGCGGCUUGUAUUCCUGAGAUCUUGAAGGGGAAGGAUUGUAUUGGUGGAAGUAGGACUGGUUCGGGAAAGACUAUGGCUUUUGCGGUUCCCAUUAUGCAGCAAUGGGCGCGCAAUCCAUUCGGUAUCUACGCUUUGGUUUUAACUCCAACUCGUGAACUUGCCCUCCAAAUCCACGAACAAUUCAAGUCCGUCUCCGCACCCCAAAGCAUGAAACCCAUCCUCGUCGUCGGAGGCAUGGACAUGCGCCAGCAAGCCAUUGAGCUCUCCAGUCGACCCCACGUCGUCAUCGCCACACCCGGCCGACUAGCCGACCACAUCAAGACCUCCGGCGAAGACACCGUGGCCGGCCUCCGGCGCGUGAAAAUGGUCGUCCUCGACGAAGCCGACCGCCUCCUCGCCAGCGGUGCCGGCAGCAUGCUCCCAGCGGUCGAAACCUGUCUCGGCGCCCUCCCGCCCUCCUCCGAGCGGCAAACCCUCCUCUUCACCGCAACAAUGACAGCCGAAGUGCGCGCGCUCAAAUCCAUGCCAUCCGCCGGCACCAAGCCACCCAUCUUCAUGACCGAAAUCGGCACCGAGCACCAAGGAAAAAUCCCACCAACACUAAAACAAACAUACCUCAAGGUCCCCAUGACACACCGCGAAGCCUUCCUACACGCGCUACUCUCCACCGAAGAAAACGUCUCCAAGCCCGCCAUCGUCUUCUGCAAUCACACCAAGACCUGCGAUGUCCUGGAACGAACUCUCCGUCGUCUCGGUCACCGCAUCACAUCGCUUCACAGUCUCCUGCCGCAGUCCGAGCGCACGGCGAACCUGGCCCGGUUCCGGGCGACUGCGGCCCGCAUCCUGAUUGCGACGGAUGUGGCGUCGCGUGGUCUGGAUAUUCCUUCCGUGGAGCUGGUUGUUAAUUUCGAUGUGCCGCGUAACCCGGAUGACUAUGUGCACCGUGUUGGUCGUACGGCGCGUGCGGGAAGGAGUGGUGAGGCUACGACGCUGGUUGGGCAGAGGGAUGUUGAGCUUGUGUUGGCUAUUGAGCAGAGGGUUGGGAGGCAGAUGGAGGAGUUUAUGCAGGAGGGUGUUAAUAUUGAGAGUCGGGUUGUUAGGACUUCGCUGCUUAAGGAGGUUGGGGAGGCGAAGAGGGAGGCUGUUGGGGAGAUUGAGGAGGGUCGGGAUAUUCUUGGAAGGAAGAGGAAUAAGUUGAAGAAGGUCCGUUGA